UGGCCUCCCGCCUGCGGGGCGUCUGCGGCGGCUUGAUGGUCCCCCCGCUGCCCCCGCGGCCCCUGUGGCUGUUUUUCGCGGCCCUCGCGGCUGCCGCCACCACCUUCCGGCCCGACUGGAACCGUCUGCACGGCCUGGCCCGAGCCCGGGUAGAGACCUGUGGGGGAUGACAGCUGAAUCGCCUGAAGGAGGUGAAGGCCUUUGUCACCCAGGACAUCCCUUUCUACCACAACCUGGUAAUGAAACACCUCCCGGGCGCCGACCCAGAACUGGUGCUGCUGGACCACCGCUACGAGGAGCUGGAGCGAAUCCCACUAAGCGAGAUGACCCGCGAUGAGAUCAACGCGCUGGUGCAGGAGCUCGGCUUUUACCGCAAAGAGGCGCCCGACGCGCCAGUGCCCCCCGAGUACCAGCGGGCGCCCGCUCGGCCCGCGGGAGACGCUCCUGACCGCUCGGAUUUGUAGGCCCAGGAGCGUGAUACCCACCGCUCCCCCCCAGCACCCCCCCCCCACCCCCGCCUGAGCCUUGGGGACCGAAUGAAGCGCUCAGCGUCCCGGGAGCAUCUCCCUCGCUGAGGGUCGACACCCCGUCCCCAAGCCAGCAGGGAUGAAUUGGGGGUUCCUCUUUACUCCUUUCUCCCCUUCCUACCUCCAUUAAAUCUUCCUUAACUGAGACUCGACUCCUUCCUUGCUGUGGGAGGGUGGGGAAUAGGAAUCCCCCAAUGCCCCGGGGAGGCCCAGUAUCCCUGGCUGCGCUGCUGAUGGAUCUGGGAAGGAGGCACACCUUGUCGAACUGCUCUCCACGCAACCCUCCAGGAGAGGCAGAGCCAGGAUCGUUGAAAACCAAUAAUUUAUCAAAAACGCUGCGUGUGCAUGUGGGGG